CACAUUUUGGCGGGAACCAGUUGAGUUCUCAUCGUCGUGCGGUUCUCUGCCGCCGUUCGAUUCUCUCCCACAAAUGAACAGAGUAACAGAAAUAACUGAUCUCUUCGCGCGACUCGCAACGAACCUCCAAACCCUAAACCCAACGGUCCCAAAUGAAGAUCAUCGACACGAAACCCUUGAUCUCUCGAUCUCGAAGCUCAAUCGAUCUCUCAACUUGGAGGACAGUUCUAGGGUUAGGGUUUUGGACACUGCACUCUCUUUGAUGUGUUUCAAAGCUCCACAGGUAUUUGAUUCGGCGAUUGAAUAUCUGGUGAAGACCAUUGUUACUGUUCUGUCUUCGUCGAUUACUUGCAAGGCAUUGAGGUUUCAUAAAGCAGAGUUUUUGUGCGUUGGUAGCGGAAUUUCAAGCGGUGAUUGUGCAGAAUUGAUCGGAAUGUGCGUUGAUUUUUUGGGGAAAUUGGAGGGACAUGGGAUACUGUCCCAUUCUUUGUUGUACGCUGUUAUAAGAGUCGCGGUAUCAGCAUCUUGCUUUCGGUUUGGAUUAGAAAUAACACCUAUUCUUGAUGUCAAAACAGUAGAGGGAGGUAGUAUUUCGAAACUGCUUUGCCAUUUACCAAGGGACAUCUCCCUUAAAAACCAAGAGAUACCGUUAAGGUUGCUAUUGUGGUACCUUGAUCCCCUAAUUCUGAAGAAUGACGUGUCACAUAUAUUGCAAGCUUCUAGUGGUAGACCUUUCCUUUGUUUGAGUAUUGCAUUUCAUGAGAGGAUGGAUUGGCGUUCCAUAAUCAUAUGCUUGGCACUUUCUCCUGCUAUGUUUGUUGAGACCAGAGCCCUAUUGCAUAACUGGUUUCUGAUGACGGGUUUGGCUUAUGUGUUAGAGCUUCAAAUUGAAUUGGUGUCGAUGAUACUUGAUGUAGUUUCAAAACCGAUGUGGUGGGGCAUAACGAUGGAAGUUGCACUGAAGCUACCCUUUUCUCAUGCAUAUUUCCCUCACAAGCAUCACUUAUUAAGGACUUUGGAUGGACCUUUAUCAUACCAAAACUUUAUAUAUUUACUUCAUAGUACAAGCAAAUCAGCUUCUCAUGCUAGAAGACAGUCUGAUCCAACUUUUAAGCAGGAUGCAAGAAAGAUUGGAAUGAUGGAUUACAAAUCUCGGUGGGCUAUGGCGAUGAACUUCCCAAAUUGGUUCUUUUUUGCCUCAAUGUCACUCUUCGCUGGAAAAGGCCUCGAAGAUAAUUUCCAUUCAAAAGGCACAGUAGAGACCACUGAAACUGAACAAUCACAUGAUGUCGAACUUCCCUGGUCCACUGCUGCUGCAAGUUACAUUGCAUGGAUUCUGAAUCCAAUCAGCGAAUCUCAUCAGGAACUACUUGUUGAAUGUUUGGGUAAAAUAUCUGAGUCAUGGGUUCUCAAGAAAUGCACAGACAAAUAUUGCAAAGAAACAGCUAGCUAUAGGAAGAAACUCAAGAUAUCCAAAUUCCAAGACAGCAAGGUUGAUUAUGCUCUCUUACAGGAAUAUGAUUGCAAAACUAUCCAACUAUGGCUUGGGAAAUUUCAAGAUAUGUACAUAAACUAUUGGAAUAAAACUGUCAAUAGUUCUGCAGCCCAUGAAGCAAAAGCGUCCCAUGGGAUUAGCCCUCAGAAAAACAUGUUAUUUUGGAAAAUUCCAUUGGGCAUUUUGAUUGGGUGCUCCCAUGGAAUAAAUGAAGAUGGUUGUCAAUUGCUGCUGCAUUAUGCUGCAACUGGUACUUUACUUCAUUUGACGGAAAAUCAGAUUGCAGGAUUGAAGAAUAGAAAAUGGAACUCUCAAGGACAAGAAGAGUCAACUGCGUGGUUUGAAAAAUGUAGUAAAAAGGAGGCUGUAGCAGGAACUCGCCUUGUCUUCCACUUAACUGAUGUUGUUGAGAGUAUGUCGGCUUCUUUGUUUGACACUGAAGGGAGAGGGAUAGAUUUUAUUUGCCGGGUGAAACUAAGGUCUGGCAAAUACUUGCUUAAUUGUAUGAAGAAGCUACUUGACAUCAAAAUUGAUGAGGAUGAUGGAUUUCUGAUGCUAAGUGAUCUUCGCAGUAGACUAGCGCGAUGGAGGAUUCAAGGACAAGAUGUAUUUCAGAAUUCGAAGGAUCUGAGUGAUGCCAUUGAUGCCUUGAGUCAUAAAUUAUCUUCUUUCUGAGAUCUUGUAUAGUUAGAAAUGCCUCUUUGUUAAUUAAAGGCAGUUUUGUAAUUUUGUCUGUAAGAAAUGAUUAUCAUAUUUUUAUUUGUAUCUGUAAAUGUGUGAAAUAUUCUCAAAUUCUUGUUGUAACUCUUUUAUAAAACAAUAUUGGUGAACUGUUUAUAAUCAUCA